UCAAAUUCCUGCAUGAAAUAACAUGUUGCAUCUCCCUAUCAAGCAUUCAUAACGUGAGCAUUUGACUGUAUACUCUUUACUUUAUCAAAGUGUAAUUCUUUAAAUUCGGUCAAAACAAAUCUCACUCUUGCAUGCACAGAAUGAGCGAAUACAUGUCGUUAUAUGUAUUCUUCAUCAUUCCUCUUCCUGCAUUUGACUCUUCCAAUUCACACCACUGGAUGCGAAAAGAUAGAUUUGGAGAGUUGGAAGUACAUACAUUUUGCUCCUUACCCAGACGGGAUUUUUCGUUCUCUAUACGCCUAUAAGACGGUUAUAAUCAUAUGUUAUAUAAUCCUGUUUUUGAGCUGCUUUUCAUUUACUCAAGUGGGUGCUUCGAUCCAUGAAUACAAAAACGAGAAAUUCGUUCAUCGUUCCAAUUCCUUCUUCUUCCAUGGCGGCAAUGAGGGCCUCUACGCCUCCAGGGUCCGCGUUGAUACCUCCAACGCCACUUCUGCUGAGGCAAGCCUCACUGGCAAGUCUUUCAUCAGAUUUGAGUCAAUUAUCUUUAGAAGAACAAAAGAGUCUGCUGAAAAAACAAAUGAGAUGCAGCAGAAAACUGGACUGGUUGAAGCAUUAAUAGUUGAGGUCAAAGACAGGGAGAAAAUUGGUGGUGCUUAUUUGAAAUCCGAUGCCAUAUGCUGUGCUCCUGAACUUUCAAGAAAUGGAUCCUGCAAGGUAGGGAAAGCGAUUAUCCGCCAUGAUCCAGAUAAACCCAAUGGACCACAACGGAUUCAGACUUUCUUUGAAGGAAGAGAUGAAGAGGCCAAAAUGGUUCUUCAGACUGUUGAGAUCAAUCGUACUGGAAUGUAUUAUCUUUAUUUUAUGUUUUGUGAUCCACAACUCAGGGGCAUGCGAAUUAGUGGAAGGACUGUCUGGAGAAACCCAGAUGGUUAUCGUCCUGGUAAAAUGGCACCACUGAUGACAUCUUAUGGCUUAAUAUCGCUGGCAUACCUUUUUCUUGGUCUCUUCUGGUUCAUAUGGUUCGUAAAAUACUGGAAAGAUAUAAUACAACUGCACUACUGCAUCACAGGAGUUAUUGGUCUGGGAAUGUGUGAAAUGGCUCUCUGGUACUUUGAAUAUGCCAAUUUCAAUUCAACAGGAAGUAGACCAAUGGGAAUCACCCUCUGGGCUGUUAUGUUUAGUGCUGUUAAGAAAACUGUCUCCUGUCUACUCCUUUUGGCGGUUUCAAUGGGCUAUGGUGUUUUACACCCAACCCUUGGUGGUAUUACAUCAAAAGUACUCCAUCUUGGAGUGACAUAUUUUCUAUUUGCUGAGGCACUUGGGCUUGUUGAGAAUUUGGGAAAUAUCAAUGAUUCUUCUGGAAAAGCCAGAUUGUUGCUAGUGCUGCCUAUUUCUUUACUGGAUGCUUGCUUUAUCGUGUGGAUCUUCUCUUCAUUAUCUCAAAACCUGGAGAAACUUCAGAUUAGAAGAAGCAUGGCCAAGUUUGCACUCUACCGGAAGUUCACGAAUGCUCUUGCAAUAUCAGUGCUGCUCUCUGUUGCUUAGAUUGGCUAUGAGUUAUACUUUAAUGCGGCUGACCCUUUGAGUGAGCUAUGGCAAAGAGGAUGGGGAAUUCCAGCUUUCUGGAAUUUGUUUUCUUUUGUACUCCUGGUGUUGAUAUGCAUUCUAUGGGCUCCAACCAGUCACCCAACUAGGUACGAAUAUUCAGAGGAUACUGGAGAAGACCUGGAAGAGAAUAUCUCACUUGCUAGCAGUGUAGUAACGGUUGCUGGAGAUUCUGCUACUGAGCUGGAAAGAAAGGAAAGGAAGAUGUCCAGUGUAUCAGAUCUUCAUGUAUUCGGGCUUGGGGAAGGUCUUGAAGAGGACAAGAGAGAAUGAUGGCUCAUUUUUCCUUCAUGAAGUCAACUGAAUGCAACAACCGUUAUGCAGAGCCAAGAAUCAUGUCUCAAGAAAGUUAUUUCUAUGCCCAUUGACUUAUGCAGGCACCUAGGAAGGAAGACAGCAGAUGCAGUACAGUGUUCAAAUGGAAACUAAUGCAACCUCCUGAAUGCAUUUGAAGGAUAUUUCUUUGUUGGUAAAUGAAUCAUACACUGUUGCACCAACGAAAAUGAAUAAUGCACCAUAUAAUUAGAUAAGUUGAGGAAGAAAUUAGAUGGAAGCAGUUUAGGCAAAUUGUGAUAGCAUGCUCCUAUUGCUCAGCUGUAGAAAGAAUCUAUUCUUGUUUGGAGCAUACCUAGCAUCGACCUGAUAUCUACAUCAUUGAGUUAAAAAUGGAGAUUAGGCUGGACUGGGAGCCUCUGAAACUACAAAUAUCUGCUAUUUUAUAUCAUGUUUCAGCUCCUGACAAAUUUCAAAGUGCCAUGAAAGAAUAAUUUAUAUUUCUAUUUUUUGAGGAUCGUCGAACUGUUACUUUGAACUCAAUGUGGCAGUAGAAGAUUUAAAUU